AUGACUGAAGGCCACGAGCUGGUGAUCUCCACAGAUCCGGCGCAUCCUGCCAACCUCAUCCCCGAACUUUGCCGCGCUUUCUAUAACCUUGGCUGGGUUACCGGCACGGGAGGUGGUAUAUGCAUUCGACAGGGGGAUAAGGUGUUUAUCGCACCUUCAGGCGUGCAGAAAGAACGCAUCCUCCCCGAUCACAUAUUCGUGCUCCCCUACCCCCAGCCCCCACCCUCCCCGCACACAGACCGCAUCUUUCUGCGGCGCCCCACAGUCCCCUUGAAAGAGUCCGCGUGCACGCCGUUGUUCUGGAACGCCUUCACCCUCAGGGACGCGGGCAGCUGCAUCCACACGCACUCUCAGCACGCGGUCAUGGCCACGCUCCUCUUCGGGGACGCCACGAGCACCAAAACAGAGAAAAUCGGCGAGUUCCGCAUAUCGCAUCAGGAGAUGAUCAAGGGCGUGCGCCUGGGAGGCACAGGCAAGGCCCUGAGCUACCUGGACACGCUGGUGGUCCCCAUUAUCGACAACACGCCCAACGAGGAGGAUCUCAAAGAUAGCAUGGCGGAAGCUAUGGAAAAGUACCCGGAUGCCGCUGGUAUUCUGGUACGCAGGCAUGGCGUGUAUGUCUGGGGUCCGGACUGGGAGAAGGCGAAGACGCAGGCGGAGUGCCUUGACUAUCUCUUUGAGAUCGGCGUGAAGAUGAAGUUGGCCGGGCUGCCGACGGUGCUGCAAGCUUGACGGGGCAGUGUUGUGUCAUGGGUCAUUCAGAUUGGGAAGAGAACGUUGCCUACCGCCGCUCACCCCACGAACCUGCUGUUCGCCCUGAACCGCGAAGCUUACUUCAAGAUUACAUCCUCGGAGUCUUGUGCCAUGUGAGAAUUCAAGGAUGCAGUGGGGCAGCGAAGCUACCCAAUAUCCAACGGGGCAACGAUCUUGCCGGAAGCUGAAAAUCCUCGUGCUCACCACGUUGAGCCGUAGCGCAUGGGCUCAGAUUCAUUCCGUUCCUUCGGCGUCGAGAAUUGGCGGAUUUUGGCGAAGCGUUUUCUUCUCAGCAGAACGUCAUGUGCAUUGUAUGAUUAAUGGAUUCCAUUUAAUGCGAAACACG